GUUUAACCGACAUUUACAUACGUAUAUGGUAUAUGUAAUACAAAUGUCAAAUAAUGCAAAUAAACAAUUUAAAGGAAAAAUCUACGCAUAGCCGAGAUAAGCUUCCAACCAAACUGGGAUAUAAAAGCCACAAUAAACGGUAACGAGAACAAUUAAAAACGAAAAGUGCAACGAAACCGCUGCAACGCUAAAACCAAAAAUUUGUAUUCCAAUUAUUAGUCGGCUUUUGAAUUCUAACAAAAACUUAGAAUGAAAUUUUUAGUAAUUUUAGCAUUGUUUUGCGGUAUUGUAGCGGUAAAGGCACAAUUGAAUCUUGGUUUGGGCUUGGGUAUUGCGCGAUCUGGCCCACCACCACCGCAGUUUUUCCAAAAUGUCAUUCUUAAUGCAGAAGCGCAGAAAGUUCUCGUUACUCCCGGUUUACCCGCUGAUUUGCAACAGCGUGUACAAGACACACUUAGCAAUUCUGAAUCCGGAUUCAAUAAUUGCGGUACUGUAUCCACAUUGCCCUGGUUUCAAAUGCGUUGCGUCGCCUUACAACUAUCGAAGUCCAAAGCUGAGUUGAAGGCCAUAGAUGAUGAAGCAAAAGCGAGAGCACAAGCAGCUGCAACAGCGGAAGCAAGUGCGCCAGCUGCCGCAGAGGCAAUAAGCAUUUAAAUAUGAUAGCAAUAACUAUUGCAUUAACAGAAUAUAAUUACCUUUAUUUUAACAUAUCAAUUUGAUAAAUCUUGCUAUAAAAUAUUUCGAAACAUUACAUCUAAUUCACACAAUUUUUA